AUGGACACAUCCCUCAAGAAGGAUUUGUUUGACGUGAAGAAGAAGAUUAAGGAAGGGAUUCAGAAGGUGAUUAAGGAUUUGGGAGUUGAGAAGUUGGAUGGUUUUGUGAGAGAUAAUUUGGAGAGUUUGAAGAGUAAGAUUCAGAAUCUUGAUAAGCAAGUUGCUACUAGCAAUGUCGACAGUGGCAUUGUAAGUGGGCAAUUGAAAGAGCUUAAAAGUAAGAAGGAUGAAUUGGAUAAGGAACAUAUUAACAGAAUUACGGAGGCGUCGGGUGAGCUUGAACCAAACUUUACUCAGCAUAUCAAGACUCCGCUUGCCCUUAAAGUCAAAGAAGUUUACCAAGCGAUUGGGACGCUCGGCGAGAAGUUUCAACUAGGCGGUGAUCAAAAAGACAAACUUGAAAAGAUUUUUGAUAAGAUUAAAGAUAAGGUUGGGGAGAUUAAGGGGACGCCGGGGACAAGUUGGGAUAAUAAAGAUGGUAGCGGUCUCGAAGGGAUUAAGUCGAAAGUGGAGAAUUACUUCGAAGCGUUCAACGGUAAGUAUAAGUUUGAAGGUAUAGCAAAGGGCUGGAUUGAGAAGACUAUUUUGCCGCAUAACGGUUUGGUCAGUGAUAGGAUUAAGAACAAUAUUAUUUAUGGGAGUACAGAAAACAUUAACCAGGAAAUGGCAAGUAAAAUGAAGGAACAUCUUGAUGAAGAAGCGAAUGCAGCCGGUGAAGUGGUUCAAGCAAAAAUUGGCUUUGGUGGAGAUAUUGCAAAAAGCAUUCAAGCUGUGAAAGCAGGCUGCGAGGCAUUCGCCAAUUUUCUUGAUAACAAGCUGAAGGAAGGAAAAAGUGGCAACGUGUCUCAGAUAGUCAACGACGUUAAGGGGCUGUUGACAUACAUAAAACACGACGCGAAAUGCAUAUGCUAUUGCGGUCACUGCAGCGGCGAUGAAUGUACGAAAAACUCCGUCGCUGCUGUCAUCUUGGGAUCACUCACCGCCGUGUCCCGGCAGGUGGGCAACGAACUGAAUUCUGUGUUUCUCAACAUACCCGAUAAGCCCCUAAACGCGGGACCCAGCCCCGGAAGCAUCGCAGCCAUCUUGGACCAUAUUACGCCUAUUGCUAAGAAACUUGACGGUGAACUUCAAGCGGCAACUAAAACACCACCAGGCCAACCCUUUCCUACGACCCCCGAUGCUGGCACAGCCCAAGCCGUUGACAAGAAGUUGGAGGCAGUGAGGGAUGAGGUUAUUGGACUUGUAGGGAAAUUUAAUUCGCAAGUCAAACAACCACUUCAUACUGCACUCUCCCAACUUGAAUCCGCCGUUAACAACUUCAACACUGAAGCUCAAGCACAGAUCAAGCAAGCAGCCAACACGGCGAUUCACUAA